AUGGGCCGCACGCGCAGCAGCAGCAUCCUCAAGGUCGAGCAAGUCGGUGUCAAUUCGCAAGAAGAGGAUCUCGACUCGGCCAUCUACGAAAACGUCAACGCGGAGUGGGUAAACCGCAAGGGCGCCUGGCUCAUUCACCCCGCCCUGAUCUUUGCCGGCAAAAUGGUCAUUGACACCAUACCUGGCAUGAGGCAAGACAUCAGCUGGUUCCUGGUCAAUCUAUUUUAUCUCGGGUUCUCGUAUCUCAUGUUCCACUGGGUCAUGGGGAUCCCAUUCCAGUCGGAUCAGCAUGCUGGUGUCUAUGACGAACUAACGCUAUGGGAGCAAAUUGACAGUGGGGCACAGUACACGCCAGCAAAAAAGUGGCUGCUAAUGGUCCCCAUAUUGCUCUUCUUGGCGUCAACACAUUAUUCGGAGUAUAACCCGUGGAUGUUUGCCAUCAAUCUUACUGCACUAAUUUUCGUGCUCAUCCCUAAGCUGCCUCAGCUUCACCGUCGUCGAGUUCGUUUCAUGGUUGACGAAGACGAACCAUCGAACACUGGCACUCCUGCUGCCGCAACGCCUCGCUCCGGCUCCUGCACGCCGACCAGUGCCGAGUUUCCCGAGCACAGGCCCUCCCUUGACGCUGUCACUGCGGCGCAUUUCGAGAAAUAG